AUGGCGGUAGCCGAUCUGAUUUACGUCAUCGUAGUGAUUAUACUACAGAGAAUAAAUUAUAUCUAUUUGUUUGCUAAUUUUUUGCUCAUCACUCCGGCGUGUUCGGUGCUCCUUGUCCUGAGUCUCGCAACAUGGGACUGUUCCGUUUGGUUGACGGUAUCUUUCACUUUCGAUCGCUGCGUCGCCAUCUGCUGUCAGAAGCUGCGGAACCGAUAUUGCACCGAGAGAACAGCGACUGUGGUGAUCGCAACCGUGAGUGCAGCGUGUUGUGCCCAGGCCAUUCCGCCUUACUUUGCUGUGGAUCGAUGGCGUUGUGUCCCCGUAGCUGAAUACUUCACGUCGCCCCUGUGGAAAGCCUACCAGGUGUUUCACAGCAUCACAACACCGUUAAUACCAAUCUGUUUAAUUAUGCUCUUUAAUGUUUCAACCGUCAAACGGAUUAUAGCGACAAACAGAAUUCGGCAAGUACUUCGGAAAAGCAGCGAAAAUCGAACUGAUCCAGAGGUGGCGAAUCGGAGAAAGUCAAUGAUUCUGUUGUUCGCUAUUUCAGCCAAUUUUAUAUUCUUGUGGAUGCCCAAUGUUGUACAUUCUUUGACAUCGCAAGUCGAAAACUAUUUCUAUACAAACAGAUAUCUCAGCAAACCGACCUAUAUCCUGCACCAAUGUGGGUUUAUGUUGGCUUCUCUCAGUACCUGCACCAACACGUGUAUCUAUGGACUGACGCAGAGAAAAUUCAGGGAGGAACUGAAGAAUGGAUUGAAAUACCUGUUUGCUGCAAUGGGUGAGAUCUACAAAUAA